GAUGAAUGGAUGAAAUGUCAACGAAGUUGGUUAUAUUUAGAAAGUAUAUUUUCUGCACCAGAUAUUCAACGUCAAUUACCUAGUGAAUCAAAAAGUUUUAUGUCUGUUGAUAAAUCCUAUAAAGAUAUAAUGCGUAAAAUACAAAAAGUUCCAUUAGCUAUACGUGCUGCAACACAACCUGGUUUAUAUGAUACAUUACGUAAUAAUAAUCAAUUAUUAGAUCAAAUACAAAAAUGUCUUGAAGCUUAUUUAGAAUCAAAACGUUCCAUAUUUCCACGUUUUUAUUUUUUAUCUAAUGAUGAAUUAUUAGAAAUUUUAGCACAAACCCGUAAUCCAUUAGCUGUACAACCACAUUUAAGAAAAUGUUUUGAUGCUAUUAUGAAAUUAGAAUUUGGUAUAACAUCAGAUUCUAUGAAUAAAG